UGCCAGCUGACUGUUUCUGCAGCGCAAUGCCUGUGAAGUAAACAAAGGUCGUAGUGGUCUUUGAAGCCCAUCUGGGUCUUCGCAAUCUCCGACGCGCACUGUGCACUGCUACCAUCCAUACUCGAAGAGUGGUAUACAGCAACAAUGGCAACUCCAGUCACACACUUCGUGACGCUGACCCAGACCGCUGGCUCGGCUUCGCCUACCUCGACCUUCAGAGCCGCUCCUCAAGGUGGUAUUCUCGAAGGCGGAAACCCUACUCACUAUGACACCAAGAACCCCAUCAUCCUCUUCAUUAUCCAAGCUGGCCUGAUCAUCAUCUUCUGCCGCCUUCUCCAUUGGCCUCUCUCCCGAAUACGCCAACCUCGAGUGAUCGCCGAAGUCAUUGGAGGAAUUCUGUUGGGUCCUUCUGUAAUGGGACGAAUACCUGGCUUCACCGACGCCAUCUUUCCAACAGCCUCACUCCCCAACCUCAACAAUGCCGCCAAUCUUGGUCUCAUCCUCUUCCUGUUCAUGGUCGGUCUGGAAAUAGACAUGCGCUACUUCUUCAGCAAUUGGAGAGUUGCUUUGAGCGUAGGAGCUGUAGGCAUGAUUCUGCCAUUUGGUCUUGGUUGCGCAGUAGCUUGGGGACUUUAUAAUGAGUUCAAGGACGAACCAAAUAUCGUGUCCAUCAACUUUGGGACAUUCAUGCUGUUCAUUGGCAUUGCCAUGGCUAUAACGGCCUUUCCGGUUCUAUGUCGCAUUUUGACCGAGCUGAAGCUAUUACACACAUCUGUCGGCAUUAUUACGCUCGCUGCGGGCGUUUCGAACGACGUAGUCGGCUGGAUCCUUUUGGCACUUUGCGUCGCACUGGUGAAUGCUGGAAGUGGCCUGACCGCGCUAUGGGUCGUGUUGACUUGCGUUGGUUACGCUCUCUUCCUGUUCGUCGCUGUCCGACCUGUCUUCUUGUGGUAUCUAAGACGAAAUCGCGCAAUACAGGAUGGGCCAUCGCAGAGUGUGAUUGUUGUCACACUACUGGUGAUGCUGGCAUCGGCAUUCUUCACUGGGGUAAUCGGAGUUCACGCCAUCUUCGGUGCAUUCAUGGCUGGCCUCAUCUGCCCGCAUGAGGGUGGUUUUGCGAUCAAGAUGACUGAAAAGAUCGAGGAUCUGGUGGGAGCACUCUUCUUGCCUCUUUACUUUGCGCUUUCUGGUCUUUCGACAAACAUCGGACUUCUGGACAACGGCAUCACCUGGGCCUAUGUCAUUGGUGUUAUUGCGAUCGCGUUCAUUGCGAAAUUCGUCGGUGGUACACUGGGUGCUAGAAUCAAUGGUCUGGUCUGGAGAGAGUCAUUCACAAUAGGAGCACUCAUGUCCUGCAAAGGUCUGGUUGAGCUGAUUGUGCUCAAUAUUGGUCUUCAAGCGCGCAUCUUGAGCACGAGGACGUUCACUAUUUUCGUAGUCAUGGCUCUGGUCACGACGUUUGCUACAACACCACUUGUUCAAUGGCUGUACCCGCCUUGGUAUCAACGCAAGAUCGAAGCCUGGAAGCGUGGAGAGAUCGACUGGGAUACAGGCAAGCCAAUCAAUGACAAUGGCGAUGCGGACAGCGUUGUUAGGCAAAAGGAGGAAUCAGCGAAGAUUAGGAAUCUGCUGGUCUACCUUCGACUCGACAACAUGCCAACGCUGCUUGCGCUCGUGUCACUACUUGGCAACAAAAUGCUGGAUGGCCCGCACAGGGACCAUCCUUCGAAGUCUCAAGAAAAGGACGACGAGCCACACUAUCAAGCGCCGGUCCAGAGCACUAAACGAGUCACUGUGCAUGGAGUGAGACUUGUCGAGCUUGGCGAUCGUGGAUCCUCUGUGAUGAAGGUGAGCGAAGCCGACGAGUACUCCCUUUUCGACCCCAUCCUCAACGCAUUCCGGGUGCUUGGACAACUUUUCAAUCUUGCCGUUUCAGGAGAAGUCGCCGUGAUUCCAGAAAGCAGUUUUGCAGAAACUCUUGUCAACAAAGCUAGCGAGGAGUCCUCUGACCUUCUCCUCAUACCCUGGAGCGAGACUGGCACCCUUUCAGAGAAGCAGACGGUCUCUACGGAUAACGUAAAGAAUAAACUUGCUAGCGACCAAUACAGCGCCUUCGUCCGCGAAACACUCGACGCCACACACUGCCAUACUGCGAUUUUCAUCAACAAAGGCUUCUCAGGCACACUGAAACAGAGGUCGCAUAGUCUUCAUCGAACUCUAAGCGCAUUGAGUGUGCGGAGCCAACGAGAGCAUGCGACAACUUUGGGCGUCGAUCAAAGCCAUCACAUCUUCAUGCCAUUCUUUGGCCUGGGCCCUGACGAUCGUGUUGCACUGAGAUUGGUUCUGCAGCUCGUGGAGAAUCCUGGGGUGACAGCAACUAUCGUCCACUACGAGUCCACAGAUGCAAUAACGUCUAUACCAGCUACGCAUGAGGUUGUCACGACCAAGGAUGCUGAGUCCAAGCAGCCUGUUGCUUCUUCCAUGGUCUCCCGCGCCUCAUCUGGAGCAGGAUAUGGGGCCUUCUUCGCCGCUAUCCAGAAAUCUGUUCCCGCUGAGGUAUCUAAUCGGAUUGUCUUCGAAACAGUUCGCAACAGCAAGGAUCCUAUCAGCGAUGCAUUGUUGAAAGCGCAACAGGAGCUCGCACAAAAUCCAAAGAAUGGAGGGGACAUCGUUGUGCUUGGCCGACAUGUUGAGCAAUUCAGGAAAGGCAGCCCUAUUACCCAAGCGUGUUUGGGUGCUGCAGCGGACACCAUUGCGCAGAGUGGGAUUAAGGCUAGUUUGCUCGUUGUUCAGGCCCGAGGUAGCGUGGAAUAGAUACCCAUGAUGAUACGUAUAUACGAACUUAUGCAUGUGAACGAGAAAUUCUGGAUCCCUGUC